AUGGUACGUCAGAGAAGGGCGCAAUUUGUUGCGUUAAUAUCUAGAGACGAUAAUCCGUUAUAUAUUCAAUCUUUCAAUCUAGAGCCAGCUGACUCCAAUGAUAGUGGAAAUGCAAACAAGUUUUUAAAGUAUAACUUUUUAUCACAUAUGGCAUUAGACAUCUUUUCAUCUCCAGCAUCUAUAAGUAUACGAGAGCAGCAACAGAGAAACAACGACGGAGUGCUUUUAUUAUUUAUACAAGAUGAUGUUACGGUUUAUGGAUAUGAAUCAAAUAACGGAUUAAAAAUUGUUAUCGGAUUCGGAAAAGAAGAGCCUAAUGAAGAACAAACAGAACUUGAGGAAGAAAUGGGAGAUAGUGCUGUUAUCGUAGACCAAAAGGACUUGAAGGACUUAUUUUCUCAGGUACGCAAAUGUUACUUGAAGACACUCUGUAAUCCAUUCACGAACCUAGACUUCUCUGAGGGAACAGAGACUAUUCUUCAGUCACCUACAUUUGAUAAGCGAAUAACAAAGAUUAUCGAAGAAUGGAACGACAUGCAAUGA